GGCACGUUGGCCGGGCCUUCGCGGGCUUUCCCUGUGGUCAAAAUGGCUAUGGCCAGCGACUUCUACCUGCGCUACUACGUAGGGCACAAGGGCAAGUUUGGACACGAGUUUCUGGAGUUCGAGUUUCGGCCAGACGGAAAGCUUAGAUAUGCCAACAACAGCAAUUAUAAAAAUGAUGUCAUGAUCAGAAAAGAGGCUUAUGUACAUAAGAGCGUAAUGGAGGAACUGAAGAGAAUUAUUGAUGACAGUGAAAUUACAAAAGAAGAUGAUGCUUUGUGGCCUCCCCCGGACAGGGUUGGCCGACAGGAGCUUGAAAUUGUAAUUGGAGAUGAACACAUUUCUUUUACCACAUCAAAAAUAGGGUCUCUUAUUGAUGUAAAUCAGUCAAAGGAUCCUGAAGGGCUUCGAGUAUUUUACUAUUUGGUACAGGACCUGAAGUGUUUAGUUUUUAGCCUUAUUGGAUUACAUUUCAAGAUUAAACCAAUCUAAAUACAUGUUUUUGAAGUUGUUUUUAUAUUUAAUUAUGGGAUAGGUAAGGGAGGGUUUAUCAUUUACAGUGUGGGAUUUUUAUCAAUGUGAACACUUUUGUAU